AUGAUUCAACUUAAGACCGUGUUAAAUGUUAUCGAUAAUUCCGGUGCCCUUCUCGCCGAGUGUAUUCGCGUGGCACACGGUGGUCAAUUUGGAGGCAUAGGAGAUCAAAUUACCGUGGUAAUAAAAAAGGCUCGUCCUAUUAUUAAUGUUCAGGGGAAAACAUCUACAGGUUCUGGAUUGGCAAUUCGUAAGGGUGAAGUAAAGAAAGCAUUGAUCGUACGUACACGCAAAGAAACCAGGCGACCGGAUGGAAGGUACAUCAGAUUUGAUGAUAAUGCUUGCAUACUGUUGAAUAAUAAGUUAGAACCUUUGGCUACUAGAAUACUCGGUGUGGUAGGGGCAGAGCUGAGAGGGAAGAAGUGGGGAAAGGUUGUUAGUUUGGCUCCAAGGGUCAUUUGA